UCUUAAGAUUUCUUUUUGUCAUAUCGUUCCGUAGUAUUUGUAUUCUCUUUGAUAUCGUUUUUAUCAUCUGUCAUAGAAGAAAUGACAACAUGAUAAUAUAGAAAACAUUAAAAAUGAAAAAUUGCUAUUCAAUAGACCACAACCAUGUCUACAGACCUUCCAGAUACGGCCCUAGAGAAAAUACCUUACAGUCAUAAAGUGCUCCUUGGCACUAUAGCCGGCAUGCUCGGAACUACGCUCUUCCAUCCACUGGAACUGGUUAAAGUUCGCAUGCAAAUAUACGACAAACCUGGAACGUCUUCGCAAAUGGCGCUGAAAAUGAUCAAAUGUGACGGGUACAAAGCCCUCUACAGGGGUCUUGGUGCGAGCCUGUUCCGACAAGCCACCUACACUCCCUCCGGACUCGCCCUCUACUACUAUCUUUGGGAAGAGUAUCUUCAUACAUACAAUGCCCCGCCGACGUAUGACGACAUGGCGGCAAUGGGCGUGCUGUCAGGACUGGUAAGCGGCUUCGCGUGCAUCCCCACGGAGGUGGUGCUGGUGCGGCUCAUGUCUGACGGGCCGAACGGGCCGUGCUGCGUCGGCAAGCUCGGGCGCCGGUACCGUGGCGUUUGCGACGUCUUUGCUAAAAUAGCAAAACGCGAAGGCGUGCGGUCACUGUGGCGCGGCGGCGUGUUGACUUUGACUCGUUCUAUGUUUGUGAGCUUCGAGCAGAUAGAAACCUAUGACGAGACCCCGCUGGUGAUCAGACAGAGAAACUUGGCGAAAGGUGUGGAACUACACUUCUACACGUCGGUGUUGUCGAGUUUUCUCACUGCAUUCGCCACAAUGCCGAUGGACACGGUUAAGACAUUGUUGUUUUGGAGUUUGCGAAGGAAAGCCAACAUGUUCAACCUGUACCAGCAUAUGAAAGCGAAUAGUGAUGGGAAAGAACAGAAGGAGCCAGAGACGACUGGUCACGAUCGGUUCUACCAGGAGCGUCCAAGGACGAGUUAUAGAAAGAAGAAGCGCCGCGGCGCGUGCCGGCGGGCGCAGUCCGCGGCCGAGCUUAACCCGGAGUCUAUUGCGGCCGCAAACAAAAGGAAUGCCUUCAGAAUACGCUCUGUGUCCACUGACAGGGAGGAGAGUGAAGAUGGUGGAAAACAAGACGAUGGCGAAAAAUCAUCGUGCGCUUGUAGUUCAAAAGAGAACUCAGAGCGAGCUCCGCUGGUGGCGCAAAAAAUCGACUCUUUAGCCAAGCUGCUAUUCAACAAAUCUUUAAUCGGAACUGGGUCCGGCAAGUCGUCGCCUUCCGAACCGCCCGCGUCGCCAAGAGUUGGUGAGCGGUCCAUGGAAAGUUCAGCUGCAUUGGCCAUCUGUUCAGAAUAUUUGUCACAAACUUCGAGAUAUGAUCUAAUUUCUCAACUCAGCGCCAUAGGGUCGCGUCCAAACAAAUACUGGUUCGCGAUACACGACAACUCCAUCAAAACAGAUCGACUGCUUACCUUGAUGCCAUUGACCCAUAAGUGUCCAAUCGAGCAGGGCGAGCGGUCCAGGAGCCUCAUAAUGGAGUUGUUCAGAGCCUUACACCAUCCGUACAUAUACCCAGUGUUGGACCUGGAACUCUGCAACGGGCACGCACUCACAGUACUGCCUUUUAACGCUAGGGGGAGUCUCAAGGAUCUUAUUUAUAAGAGCACGUGGAAUGAAGAAUAUAACAAGAAGUACAGCACAGCGGGCACGGGUCUGCCAGCAUGGCAGGUGGCGAGGUUCGGCAGACAGAUGCUGGAGGGCCUAUUGUUUCUAAAGGAGAAAGGGUUUCCGCCAUUCCGCCAUCUACACUGCGGCAACGUGAUGGUACAGAAUGGAGUUGCGAGGAUAUGUGGUUUGGAGAACACGUUAAUAGGCGCCGUCCCGCGGUGUCCCAUUGCUCUAGCGGCUCAGCUGGAUCAUGUAGAAGCAUUGUCUCUGGGUCACGUGCUGUUCGAGAUGUGUGCAGGCGCAGAGAUCGACCUGUCGCUGCUGCCUGACUUGCUACCUUCGUAUCCUCAUGUGGUGGAGAUAAUAGAACAAAUAUUCGGGCCACGCACCCCAUCCCUGCACGAGCUGCUGCUGUGCGAGCUCUUUAGGAAGAUUGACCUACGGGAGAUGAAGGGCUCCUGUUUACCGAAUUUCAGCCAGCGUCUGUCCCGCUCGUGCCUGUCGCUGCUGGGAGAGGUGGCGCGCCGACAGCCGGGCUCGCCGCGCACGCCCACGCGCCGCUCGGGGCCCGGCUCGCCCGCCACGCCGCCGCCCAGAAGGAGGCAUUUCCCAAUGGAGCAAGACUUUACUGAAGAAUGGCAGUGGUGAUGUGUUUGUUCGUUUGUCGAAAAAAUGUUUUAAUUAUAAUAAAUAUUUGGUUAAUAAAUUAAUUCACGAAAU